AGCCAAAAGAAUAGUUAAUACUCAAUACAACCCAAAAUGAGGUCCAUUCUGGCCCAGACCUACUAAAUCAUGGGUGAUGCCAUCAGGGUCCAAAUGUUGGGAACCGAUCUGCACCCGCGCGCAUUGGACCGAUAAAUUGGUCAUCAGGUUCGGCCGCCAUGAUGCAAAGGGAGGAACGAAAAAAAAAAUCUAGAGGACACGUGGCAAGAGACUCCCAGAUAUUUCCCUCCCAAUGGACGCCAUCGGCUCGUAAUAAUUAUUAGUAUCGCCAACGUUGAGACUUCGCCUAGUUCCGUAGCUCUUCAUCGUCGGAUCGAUGGACCUGCAGGCGAUGAUGGACGGCGGCUCCGGUGGCAGGGGCGGUCCCUGGACCGAGGAGCGCCACUCGUCCUUCCUCAACUGGAUGGAGGAGUCCUUCGUCCGCCGCAUGCUCGCCGGCGCCGGCUUCCAAGCGUCUUGCUCUGCCACUUGUAAUUGCCGCAGCCGCCGCUGCCGCUGCCGCCACCUACCGCUCGACCGCUACCUCCCCGACAGCGCCACAGAGUCCACCCGUGACUUCCAUGGCCCACGGCGGAGCUCCGGCACCGGCCGGCCGAUGCGAUCGCCGGUGUCGGUGGAUGAGGAGGAAGAGGAGCCAGCAUCUGGGAACCUGGCAAUCACAGGUGACGGCAGGAGGGCGAGGAAGCGGCCUCUUCCACGGUACGAUGCAUCGCAGGAUCAGGUGGUCCCACAGCUUGGAAACGCCGAGGUAGAUGACAGCAAUUCUAAGAACCAAACAGAAGCGGAAGGAGGGAUUCUUACAGUCUCUCCAACCAGCCACAGUUGGGGGAAGAAAGGGAGAGGACGACGUGAUCACUCUCAUGAUGCCUUUUAGCAGUAGUUUUCUUCUCAUCUCUGGACUAUGUAGAGAAGAAAGAGGAGUUUCUGAUGGCAGUUCCACCUCUGAAUUUCCUCAUCUUGCAAGAGGGAUUUACAUUGGUUCUAGUAUAUCUGUAAUCAGUUGAUGAGUGGGUCUGCACCUACGUGUACAUAAGUCUAGUAUCUUGUAAAGCUAGUCCUCGUGAAGAUGAAUUUGUCGUUCAGCAUGCCGUUGUCCCGAGUAACGCAAGUAAGGAUCGAUCGGGCUAUAAGAGGAGAUGUUUUAAAUAUAGAUUAGCACAUUCAAAUGAAGCCUGUCGAUCAGCAAAGAACUGGAGGUUUUUAAGUGACUAAGAAGACAUGCUUUUGAGACAUUCCAGUGUGUGCAAACAAUGCUUUUACUGAUCUCGCUGUAUGUUGGUGAUGGUUUAUUGGCGCCUGUUAUUCUUCCACUAA